AUGUAUAACUACCUACUUCUUGUACUGAACUACCUGUUACCGUUGCUCACCCUUGUCUCCGCCUACUCGCGCGUUGGUAUGGAGCUAUGGGGAAGCAGGGCUAUUGGGGAGGAGACGUCAAUCCAGACAGAUAGGGUCAAGUCGAAACGAAAGGUGGUUAAAAUAAUGAUCGUGGUGGUUCUAAUAUUUGGUAUGUGCUGGUUACCAAUGCACGCGUGCUUUCUGCUGACCAGCCACUACAGGUCUAUAACCGAAUACAAAUACAUCCAACAGAUCUACAUAAUCAUCUAUCUGAUGGCCAUGAGUAACUCCAUGUAUAACCAGAUAAUCUAUGGGUGGAUGAAUUCUAGGUAA